GAUGUCUGUGAUAAUGACCAACUUUUUUAUCAUGUAUCAUCAAAGUCGAAGUUGCUGAUUGGCUCAUUCAAAUCUGAAUUGUGUUCACCUGUUCACUUUCUUAGGAUGUAUCAAAACAAAACUAUGGUGUCUUGGAAUUGUCCUCUGAUUUCCAACACCAACAUCGGUAGUGAAACGAGACUCAGUCCUCCAAUUUCUGCAAUAAGCCGUGGAUUUGCCAAAGUUGUAGGCGAGAUGAAAUGGAAAUCCGUUGCAAUUAUUUCAAGUGAUCAAGGAUGGUGGCCUUCUCUUUCUCAAACUCUCGAUAUGCGACUUCGAGAGGUUGGAAUAAUUCCGAGGCAUUUUUUAAGAAUCGAGAAUUCGUUUACUCAAAAAAGAAUCGAGAAAAAAUUGAGUAUCCUAAGAAAAGUUCCUUGCCAUGUAAUCGUCUUAUGUUUGCCAGCAGACGAGUUCGGCACAAUAAUCCUCAAAGUGUUGAACGAUCUUGAACUCUACAAUUUUAACACCAUCACCGCUUUCAUGGACAUUUCCAACUUACCAGACUGGUUACAUCUUUUCCAAAACGUUACGACACCACUGGAAGCUAGCAACGCAAGUUUAGAAAAUAUGAACAAUUUUACCAAAAGAAACGCUCUAAUUUUCGCGGAAAACUCAAGAGUUCAGUUAAGUUUAGAAACUUCAAUAGUGCAACGGUUGCAAUUAACGCUGUUUCAAAGUGAUCGUUAUUUUGAAUUCGUUUUAGGCGAUUUUACGAGCGACGAAUUACUGCGACCGUUGAUGGUGCUCUCGGGAAACAGUUCUAACGAUUUUUUUAUAGAAAAAUUUCACAAAAAUCUUGAAGAGUGGUCGAUGAAACAUAAACAAAUCGAAGAGUGCGAUGAUUGCGGAAACAGUAUCGACAAAGUUUUAAGUGUGAUAGUAAUUUUAGGAUGUUCGUGCGUAUUCGUUUCUCUGAUUUUGGGUGUCGUUAUUUUAGCGCGGAAUCAAUUGUUAAAGAAACGGGUAUCAAAAGGUCCUUACAAAGUGUUGCUAACGGCGACCGAUUUCGUAUUCCCCCAAAUCGCCGACAGCCGUAGGGUAGACGAAGGAAUUGAAGCCAUGUUGUGUUGCUGGUUGCAGCAGCUACAAGAAUUUGGUGGACCAGAGGUAGAAAAACCAGAUUUGUUGCAGGGAUCUGGAGGCGCGUCUAUGAGAACACCAGCCAGAACGAGUUCCAGUCCAAACUUAGCGAAACAACUGAUUGUUGAUCCCAGAGUUCGAUACAAUGGUGAUCUCGUGCAAAUGAAGCCACUUCUCUUGAUGGGAAGCGGCAACGAGCUUAAAGGUAAAUCCGUAGAACUUCUUGUGUUACUGCACGGUUUGAGACACGAAAACUUGAAUCCACUCAUCGGGUGCUUGGCCGAGCCGCCGAGAGCCGCGUUGGUAUCAGAAUAUUGCGCCAGAGGAUCUUUGCAAGAUGUUCUGCAACAGGACGACAUUAAGCUUGAUUGGUCUUUUCGACUCAGUCUCCUUACGGACCUCGUUAGGGGUAUGAAAUAUCUUCAUUCGACUCCAAUAAAAGUACAUGGUUUCUUAACUUCAAGGAAUUGUGUCAUCGAUGCUCGAUGGGUCCUCAAAGUUACUGACUAUGGACUUCCCGCCUUUUAUGAAGCACAGGGUAUACAAACCUCAGCGAAAACAGCUAGAGAACUUUUAUGGACUGCACCAGAACUUUUACGUCAUACUAGUUUACGAAAAAAAGGUACACAACCAGGUGAUGUUUACUCAUUUGGCAUUAUCUUGCAAGAAGUUGUUGUUAGAGGAGAACCUUUUUGCAUGUUGGCGCUUACUCCAGAAGAAAUAAUAGAAAAAGUAAAAAGGCCACCACCGCUCAUUCGUCCAUCUGUCAGUAAAGGGGCUGCUCCUCCGGAAGCCAUCAACAUCAUGCGUCAGUGCUGGGCCGAACAAGCGGAAAUGCGUCCGGAUUUUAACACCGUUCACGAUCAGUUUAAGAAAUUAAACCACGGAAGAAAAGUUAAUAUCGUCGAUACGAUGUUUCAAAUGUUGGAAAAAUAUUCCAACAAUUUGGAGGAGCUCAUAAGAGAAAGGACGGAACAAUUGGAUAUUGAGAAGAAGAAAACUGAACAACUUCUAAAUAGGAUGUUACCAAGUUACGUCGCAGAAAAAUUAAAGCUUGGAAUGCCCGUGGAUCCAGAAGAAUUCGAGGAAGUGACGAUAUACUUUUCAGACAUCGUCGGCUUCACUACGAUAUCUGCUCAUUCCACUCCGUUCCAGGUAGUCGAUCUCCUUAACGAUCUGUAUACGUGUUUCGAUGCAACCAUUAAUGCGUAUAACGUUUACAAAGUGGAAACAAUCGGAGACGCGUAUAUGGUCGUGGGAGGGUUGCCAGUCAGGAUUCCUGAUCAUGCAGAACAGAUAGCAACCAUGGCAUUGGAUUUGCUGCAUCAAAGUGGUAGAUUUUGUAUUCGACAUUUACCUAAAACUCCUUUAAGACUGAGAAUAGGACUCCACACAGGGCCAUGCUGUGCGGGAGUUGUUGGACUGACAAUGCCUCGGUAUUGCUUGUUUGGCGAUACCGUGAACACGGCUUCACGCAUGGAAUCGACAGGAUCGGCGUGGCGUAUUCACAUGUCAGAAGCAACGAAACUUCGGUUAGAAAGAGCCGGAGGUUACGAAAUUGAAUCUAGAGGACCUACGGAAAUAAAGGGAAAAGGUACAAUGGACACUUAUUGGCUACUGGGAAAAUCUGGAUUCGAUAAGACCCUUCCAGAUCCUCCUUCUAUCGAAUCAAACGAAACCCACAUGGUAAAAAGCACAUCCAGUGACGUGCCUAUUCCUCUAGGGACGCCCGUUUCCGCUUCAGACGUAGCGGCUGCACUUUUGGGAGCUUCUACGACAUCGCUGAGCGGAUACAGAAGGCGAAAAAUCGACGAGGAUGACUUGAGCACACCGUACAAUCACUAUAAAUGUUUGAGUCCUAAACACAGAAUGGGAAAAUUACUUAGAAGGCAAUUCAGCUUAGAUAGAGCAGAAGAACUUCGGACUGAAGAGAGUCUAAUGAUCACUCCGAGAUUGUGCAAGCAGAAUUCUGCAGGGGCGGCGGAUUUGGAGAAAAUCGAGGAGAUUCCAUUAAGGAUUCCGUCGGUGUCUCCAGGCAGUGUCUCUCCAAUUCCACGCACUUUAUCUAUAUCGGCGGAUUCAUUGAUACACUAGCUGGUGCUCCGGAGGGUUCCAUCGCCUCGGCCGAUUCGAACAAUAAAAGUUUUUCAUUGACAAUCAAUUUUAUUUCGUACAGUUUUGUUUCAUUUAGGUAAUUUGAAAUUUGUUUUUAUUGAGAGAAAGGAUAUGUUACUAAUUUUGGAGAAUUUAUUUUUGGAUUUUGAGAUAAACUAAUGGUAAAUAUUAGAAUUUUAUUCUAUUUUUUAAAGGAACUCCGAACGAGGCUUGUUUUUCUGUUUUGAUAAUUCGUUAAAGUAAUUAGGUUGAUAAAUAGGAGCAAAGAGGCUUAAUAUACUUGUGUCCUAAAGUCUAAAAGUGCGUAUACACAUGACAAAGCACGCAUUAGCUGCGUCAAUAACGAGUUAUUUUUUUGGAUUUUUUUUUUAAUUUAUAAUAUUAUUUCAAAAAUAUAUUUUAUUUUUCGUAAUAUCCGUUUCCGAACACGAUACUUUCUUCCAUGGUUUUAAAUUAAAAAUAUUCUCAUUACUUUUGAGAAAACUGUGUAGCAUAAUUUUUUUAGGAAAACUAAGGUCAUAGAUUUGUAACAUGUAUACGUAAAAACAAUAUGCAAUCAGAAAUAAUAAAAACAAACAAUAAAACAUUCAGUUUAUAUAACUGUAUUUAAUACUUUAUUAUU